AUGCCUCUAGUGGAGUUUACUUACAACAACAGCUAUCAUGCGAGCAUUGGAAUGACUCCGUAUGAAGCUUUGUAUGGAAGGAAAUGCCAAUCUCCGUUAUGUUGGUAUGAAGCAGGAGAAAAGAGCUUGUUAGGACCUGAAAUGAUAAGUGAAACCACUGAGCAAAUAAAGAAAAUCCGUAGUCGAAUGCCUAUGGCUCAAAGCCGUCAAAAGAGCUAUGCUGACCAAAGGCGAAAGCCUUUAGAGUUUGAGGAAGGAGAACAUGUCUUCCUGAAGGUUACUCCAACCACCAGAAUAGGGAGAUCCAUCAAAACUAAGAAGUUAAAUCCCCGUUACAUUGGGCCGUUUGAAAUCCUGAAGAGAAUUGGACCAGUGGCGUAUAGGAUCGCUUUACCACCACAUCUUUCGAACCUGCAUGACGUGUUUCACGUAUCACACCUUUGUAAAUACACUUUUGAUCCUAGUCAUGUUCUAGAACCAGAAUCGGUUCAAGUGAGAGAAGAUUUGACGCUUUCGGUGACUCCAGUUAGGAUUGAUGACACCAGCAUCAAGCAUUUACGCGGAAAAGAAGUUUCCUUGGUGAAAGUAGCUUCGAGUCGGGCUGGAAUUGAAGAGCAUACCUGGGAGCUUGAAAAACGGAAUUCUGUAGAGGAAGUUAUGGACGCCGAAAAUCCGGUGCUAAAAACUGAAAUUCUGAAAGUUGCAGCGGAAUCAGGAAUUCUGAGUUCUUCUAUUCAAUUGAAACUUGAACAAGAACGCAAAACUCUGAAAGGUCAAGUUUAUGACCUCGAAAGAAAAGUAAAAAUAUUCAGAAAAAAGUUAGUUGCUGCUGAGUCUACACUUUUAGCCAAGGGAUCUGAAUUGAUUGCAUUGAAGAGCAAUUUGAGAGAGCUUGAAGAAUUGAGAGAAAUGAAAGAGGACAUUGAUAGAAAGGAGAAACAAACAACUGUCAUAUUGAAGAUGCAAGUAGCUCAACUAGCUGACAUGGAGUUGCUUUAUAAAGAAGGACAAGCUUUAAGGAAGCGAUAUUUCAAUACACUAGAAGAUAUGAAAGGCAAGAUAAGAGUGCACUGUCGGCUAAGGCCUCUAAGUGACAAAGAGAUUGCUAAAAAAGAUGGAGAUUCUCUUACUACUAUAGAUGAGUUUACCGUUGAACAUCAACAGAAAGACGAUAAACCAAAAAAACACAUAUAUGAUCAUGUGUUUGAUGGCAAUGCCACUCAAGAAGAUGUAUUUGAGGAAACAAGGGAUGAUAAAAUCACUCAAAUUACUGUUGCAGUUUGA